GCAAAAGAUCUGAAGCGAUAAUUAUCUCAUGAAUCGGGCAAGACCGCUUAUUUCACUUGUUAAUUAAUUUGAAAAACCGAAUAGCUGUUACACAGUCUUGACCGAAACGACGGAAAAACCCCCAAUUCUGCCGCUGCAAUUGCAAAAACGCACUAACCGUAGCUCUAUGACAAGCAACGCAAUUUGAAGGGCUGAGGAUUUUCGUUUCGAUGGCUCAGAAGCUGCAGCAGCAGCUCAAGGAGGUGGGAUCGAAGUUGGAGACUCCUCCGGCUUCAAAAGAUGCCCUCGUUAAGCUCUUGAAGCAAGGAGCAAUAUAUCUGUGUGAAUUGGAUCAGUCACCUCCAAAAUCAAUGGUGGAGUCCAUGCAGCCUCUCCUGAAUGCCCUUGUCAAACCAGAACUUCUCAAACAUCAAGAUCGGGAGGUCAAGCUCUUUGUGGCUGCAUGCAUCUGUGAGAUAACUCGAAUCACUGCACCUGAGGCUCCUUAUGAUGAUGAUGUCUUAAAGGACAUUUUUCAGUUGAUUGUGGGUACAUUCAGUGGUUUAAUUGAUGUAAAUAGCCCAUCAUUUGGAAGGAGGGUCGUUAUUCUUGAAACACUUGCCAGAUAUAGAUCAUGCGUUGUGAUGCUGGAUCUUGAAUGUGAUGAUCUCAUAAAUGAAAUGUUUGAUACUUUCUUUUCAGUUGCCAGAGAUGAGCUUCCAGGGAAUGUCUUGAGUUCAAUGCAAACAAUCAUGGAGGUAAUCUUAGAAGAGAGUGAGGAUGUACCAGAAAAUCUUUUGGUUACAUUACUGACCGUUUUAGGCGAUGAUAGAAAGGCGGUAACUGCUGCUGCAAAGAAGAUUGCUUUGAAUGUGAUAGAGAAUUGUGCUGUAAAACUGGAGAGUAGCAUAAGGCAGUUUCUUGUGUCAUCUAUGUCAGGAGAAAGUAGAUCCCUGAUAUGUGAGAUUGAUUACCAUGCUGUACUUUAUGACAUCUAUCGCUGUGCUCCUCAAAUCUUAUCUGGAGUUGUACCUUAUCUAACUGGAGAAUUACUGAGUGAUCAGCUGGACAUUCGCAUGAAAGCAGUGAGUUUAGCUGGUGAUCUGUUUGCUCUGCCGGGAUCUACUAUUUCUGAGUCAUUCAAGCCUGUCUUUGUGGAGUUUCUCAAAAGAUUGACUGAUAGAGCAGUGGAGGUCAGAAUGUCUGUACUUGAGCAUGUUAAGACUUGCCUUUUGGAGAAUCCUUUCAGGAGUGAAGCUCAUCAAAUAAUCUCUGCUCUUUGUGACCGUCUGUUGGACUAUGAUGAAAAUGUACGCAAAAAAGUUGUUUCUGUGGUUUGUGAUGUGGCAUGUCAUGCCCUCACAUCAGUUCCAGUUGAAACUAUCAAGCUAGUCUCAGAACGCCUACGUGAUAAAUCUCUUCUGGUUAAAAGGUAUACCAUGGAGAGGUUAGCGGAGAUACACAGAACAUCUUGCAUGAAGCAGUCUCGUGGUUCAUUAAAGGAUGAUGAAUAUGGUUGGGUUGUCAGCAAGAUAUUGAGAUGCUUCUAUGAUAAAGAUUUCAGAUCGGAUGCGGUAGAACCUAUCCUGGCCAUGUCCUUGUUCCCAGCUGACUUUUCUGUCAGAGACAAGGUUAAAAGAUGGGUUAUGAUCUUUUCGGGGUUUGACAAAGUUGAGGUAACAGCUCUUGAGAAGAUAUUAGAGCAGAAACAAAGGUUACAACAAGAGAUGCAGAAGUACCUUUCCCUUAGACAGCUAACUCAGGAAGGUGAUGGCACUGAGAUCCGGAAGAAAGUAAUGUAUUGCUUCCGAGUUAUGUCUCGAUGUUUCACUGAUCCUGCGAAGGCAGAGGAGAAUUUUCACAUUCUUGACCAAUUAAGAGAUUCCAACAUUUGGAAAAUCUUGAAGCAACUUCUUGAUCCCAAUACCAGCUCUGCUCAAUGCAGUAGCUUGCGGGGUGAUUUGUUAGAAAUCCUUGGUCAGAAGCAUCGACUCUAUGGAUUCCUUACUACUCUCUCUUUGAAAACCUCUUAUCUACUUUUCAACAAAGAUCAUGUUAGAGAAAUUCUUCUGGAGGCCCGCAUACAGAAAACUUCUGAAAGUUCUGAGAUACUCGCGUCCUGCAUGACUGUUCUUGUGAUUCUUGCUCGAUUUUAUCCUUCACUGCUUGGCGGAUUAGAAGAAGAUCUGGUACAUCUUCUCGAGGAUGACAAUGAAAUACUGAAGGAAGGGACUCUGCAUAUUCUUGCAAAGGCUGGGAGUACUAUCCGAGAACAACUUGGUGUAUCGUCAAGGUCAUUAGACCUUAUUCUUGAGCGCAUAUGCAUUGAGGGUAGCCGAAGACAGGCUAAAUAUGCUGUUUAUGCCCUGGCAUCUAUCACAAAAGAUGAUGGGCUUAUGGCACUAUCAGUUCUCUAUAAGAGGCUAGUUGAUAUGCUCGAAGAGAAGUCCCACCUGCCUGCUGUAUUACAAUCUCUUGGAUGCAUAGCACAAGCUGCUUUGCCAGUCUAUGAAACUAGAGAGAUUGAGGUUAAAAAGUUCAUCAAGGAAAACAUACUGGAGGUCGGACAAAAAACAGGAGAUGGAUCUACUUGCUGGGCUGAUAGAAGUGGACCCUGCUCUUUAAAGAUUUUUGGGCUUAAAGCUUUGGUCAAGAGCUGUUUAUCUGUAAAAGAUCCUAAUUCCAAUCCCCGAAUAGAUGAUGUAAUUGGAAUUCUUAUGAACAUACUCAUGUUUGGUGAAAUUUCGAGGGAGAUCGAGUCAAGUUUAGUAGAUAGGGCACAUUUGAAACUUGCUGCAGCAAAAGCUGUUCUCCGGCUAUUGAAGAAGUGGGAGCACAAAAUUCCUGUUAAUGUUCUUUACCUUGCAUUGAGAAGCUCAGAGGAUGACUUUCCUGAGGUAAAAAAGUUGCUUCUUCACAAGGUUCACCAAUAUGUGAGAGACCACAUUUUAGAUCCAAAGUUUGCUUGCGCCUUCCUGCUGGAUAUUUCCUCUUCACAGUCAGAUUUUGAAGAGAAUAAACGCUAUUUAAAUGAAAUCAUCCAGAUGUGCAGGCAACGGAGGGCACGCCAAAUUUCUUUGCAAACUGAUUCUAACUCCCCGUCAAUCUAUCCAGAAUAUAUUCUCCCAUAUGUGGUCCAUUCGCUCGCUCAUCAUCCUUCAUUUCCUAAUGUUGAUGAAUGCAAAGAUGUCAAAGCAUUUGAACCUAUGUACAGGCAGUUGUACUUCUUCCUGCGUGUGCUAGUACAUGGAGAUGCAGAUGGAAAAUUAGAUGUCAGUCUGAGCAAGAAUAAGGAAAGCAUUGGAUUACUGCAUUCAAUAUUUCAAUGUAUCAAGUGCUCAGAAGAUGCCUUGGAUAUAUCUAAAUCAAAGAACUCCCAUGCUCUAUGUGACCUUGGUGUGUCAAUUAUUAAACGAGUAACUGAAAACCAAGGUGAACUUCAAGAAAGUACACCUGUGGUCCUACCUCCAGUGCUGUACAGUACACUUGAGAAGAAAGAUGAAAAUGGCUUGCUGGUUGGUGCUGCAACGGCAUGGGUGGCUGAUGAGGGUAUGUUGGCCUACUUCGAGUCACUGCAACUGGAUGUUAAAGAAAUUGAAAAACCAGUUGACUCGGAGGAUGAUACUGUGAAGGACAGUGAUACAGAGGGCAAUGAGAUGCCUUUGGGGAAGUUGUUACAACGUCUAAAAGCCAAGGCAGCAAAGACGAGAAAAGAGGUGAAGCAUGAGCAUGCACAAGCUGAAGUGGAAAAAGAAAAUGAUUUUAGUAUCUUGCAAAUGGUGAAAGAAAUGAAUUCUGGUAAUCAAGGUGCAAAAAGAAAGUUCGAGUCAAGUAAUGGUCAUGGACAUGAUCGCAAAACUAGGAGAUGUGACCAUCAGCCUCAGAAAAGUAAAAUUCGUUCGAGUGAACCAACAGAUGUUUCUGUACCAAAACAUAGGAGAUCAUCUGUUCAAGCUCAAAAGUCUCUUGGAGCUGUUACUUCUAAAGGUUCUAAGAGACCUUCUAAUGUAAAUAAUGUGAAUAAUAACAUUGACUUUGACAAAUUAAAUGAUAACUCUCAAACUAGUUCAGAAGAUCAACGUGUGCAUGAAAAAACUGAACCUGUAGAUUCGGAAUUGCUUACUCUACGUGUUAAGAAACUGAUCUCCUCCUCAAAGAAAAAAGGUAAACGUGCUAGCACAGAUCCUCAUAUGGAGCUAAAGAACACCCAAGAAGCUAAGAAGUCUAAGAAAGUAUCAAAUACUGAUAGCCUGCUCUCUAUCAGUUCUUCCACGUUGGGAUCUCAAAAGAAGCAAAACCAUAGCAAUGCUACUGGAUUAGAAAAGUGCACAACAAAGAAGAAGAAAAAUUCCAUAGGCGACUUAAUUGGUUGCAGAAUAAAAGUUUGGUGGCCGGUGGAUAAGUUGUACUAUGAAGGUGUCGUGAAGUCAUUUGAUACUGAGAAGAACAAGCAUGUGGUAUUGUAUGACGACGGUGAUGUGGAAGUUCUUCGAUUAGAUAGGGAGCGCUGGGACCUUGUUAAAAGUGGUCUAAAGGCCAAGCGAUCUGGUUCAUCAAAGGACUCUCCUCCUAAAGGAAGGUCAUCUGGUCUGAGAAAAAAAUCAGGAGGUGGCCCAAAUCAUAACAAAAAAUUGGGACGAAAAUCCCCAUCUCAAGUUAGAAGUAAAAGAACUCAACGGACGACUCCAAAAGGAAGGUCAAAACUAGUGUUGGAGAGUGAGUCAUUGGAGGAAAGUUAUAAAACACCAGGUGUUGUUUCUCAUGAAAUUUCAAUGAAGUCACCAAUUGAUAAUUCUGGCUCAGAUAACGAACCAACUGAAACAAGUGUCAAGUCCUUACAUACAAGGGUUUCAUCUGAAGAAGAUGACGGCGAAAAGCCUCAAGAAGAUGUUGAGCUCUUACCGAGUGAUGAUGAAGAGGCCAAAGAGAGAGAAAAAGAUUCUGAAGAUACUGAGAAUGUUGGCAGGAAUUCUCAAGAUUCUCAUGGAUCGGAUGAUGAAGCUGUUUCUUCUUCAGAUAAGCAGCAGCCAAGUGAGGAGGCCACUGAAGAAUCUGGAGAGGAGGCUGAUGAAGCAGACUACACAGAUAGACAUGCAAAAUCUUCAAAGAAGCUCAACAAGAAGUCCGCUUCUCAUUCCGUAGAUAAGGAUGUCUCUGAUGACGAGCCUCUGGUUUUGUGGAAACAGCGCUGUAAAAGACAAUGAGGUCCAGGCAUUACAUUACAUAUCCAGCUCUCGCACUGUAGUGACUUAGAUGCAGCAUGUGGGGUUACUUCACAACAACUUAAAUAGCUUUUGCAUUGACGAAAACAUACACCAUUGAACUGCUGACUCGAAUAAAGCUUAUAUUCCUUGUGUAGAUUGUAGCACACCAUAGAUGUCAUUAGUUGUCUAGAAAUGGAUAUGCAGUUUGUUGUAGCAUUGAACUUUUCUGUAUGUGCAAGAGAAAUAUAUCAUGUACAGCUGAAGAUCUUACGUGUUUGAUACUUUUUCAACAUUGUA